AUGGACGUCUGUCAGAUUGGAGAUUUCGAUAAAAGUUGUGCUGCUUUACAAAAUGCAUUUCGUGGAGAACCAAGCUAUUGGUACCUUGCUUGUAAACUACAAGAUAAACCGUUAAGUUUAGGUAUAAAUAAUUCAGAGGCAAUCGAUACUCUAACUUACAAUUUUUUAAAACACUAUUAUGAUCAUGGUGCUCAAAUUAUGCAAAGUGGAAAUUAUACAACCAUUGCAAUUUGGACCACGCCAUCCUUAUCUGUCCCCAUGAAUAGAACUUCAGAUGAGUCCUUCAACAAGAUCUUCUUUGAUAAUUCUUUAAAAGUUAAAGAGACGGUCAUCCCAAAGGGAAUGAAAUAUUAUUAUUUGUUCAUGAUCGGGAAAGACCCGGAAUCUCACAUGAAGGGAACCGUCAGAGCAAUGUUUGAACUAUACAUUGAUAAAGCAAACACUGAAAACUGUGCAUUGGUCCUGGAGGCAAUUAGUGAGCACGCAAGAGACGUUUAUGCACAUUUUGGGUUCGUAAAUUAUAACACUUUCCAAUAUGGGAUCGGAGAAGUCAACUCCUUGGGUCAAUUGGAUUCACACGGCGAAGGCCACACGGGUUAUCUAAUGGUCUAUCUGCCAACAAACUGA